UGUCCGGUGCGGAGGCUCUCCAUACUCUCUUCCGGGGACAGGAUGGGCGUUGCGCCCCGCCUUCCCUGAGGCAUACUCUUAGGGGCUACCUGCUGUGGAUGUGUGAGCCAUGGCGCCGGUGCCUACUCGCGCUCCCGGGCGUCCUCUCGCCGCGGAGCCUUGGACGGCAUCCUCUCCCUUCCUGCGCGGCGUUGGUGCGGUCCGUCCACGUCACGUGGGCGGCAAGAUGGCGGCCCCUAGAGCACGCUGCCAGCGUUGCGGCCCGUGAGGCGGCGGCGGCGGCGGCGGCGGCGGCGGCGGCGGCGAACCGGCGGCGAGGUCUGCGUUUCUGGCGCGCGUUCGGGCGAUCCGGCGGCGGGGAGCACGGUUCUUGUGCCCAAGAGGAGCCUCGGGAGGAAAAAGGCGUGCACCAUGGUGACGGAGCAGGAGGUGGAGGCCAUUGGGCAGACACUGGGUGACCCCCAGCAGCCCCUGCAGGCCCGCUUCCGGGCACUCUUCACCCUGAGAGGGCUUGGCGGCCCAGACGCCAUUGCCUGGAUCAGCCGGGCCUUCAGUGAUGAUUCCGCCCUGCUCAAGCACGAGCUGGCCUACUGCUUGGGCCAGAUGCAGGAUCGCCGAGCCAUUCCCGUGCUGGUGGAUGUGCUGCGUGACACCCACCAGGAGCCCAUGGUGCGCCACGAGGCAGGGGAGGCUUUGGGCGCCAUCGGGGACCCAGAAGUUCUGGAGAUCCUGAAGCAGUACUCCACCGACCCUGUUGUCGAGGUGGCCGAGACGUGCCAGCUGGCUGUCUGCCGGCUGGAGUGGCUGCAGCAGCACAGUGGGGAGCCAGCAGCAGCAGGGCCCUACCUCUCCGUGGAUCCGGCCCCUCCCGCCAAGGAGCGUGAUGUGGGGCGGCUGCGGGAAGCGCUCCUGGACGAAGCCCUGCCGCUGUUCGACCGAUACCGAGCCAUGUUCGCCCUUCGAGAUGCCGGUGGCGAGGAGGCUGCCCUGGCACUGGCUGAGGGCCUUCACUGUGGCAGCGCCCUCUUUCGCCAUGAGAUCGGCUACGUUCUAGGCCAGCUGCAGCAUGAGGCGGCUGUGCCCCAGCUGGCCGCGGCCCUGGCCCAGAGGACUGAGAACCCCAUGGUGCGACACGAGUGUGCUGAGGCCCUGGGAGCCAUUGCCCGCCCCACCUGCCUGGCUGCCCUGCGGGCCCACGCGGCCGACCCCGAGCGCGUGGUGCGGGAGAGCUGCGAGGUGGCCCUGGACAUGUACGAGUAUGAGAUGGGGCCGGCCUUCCAGUAUGCGGAUGGGCUGGAGCAGUUGCGCUCAUCUUCCUCCUAGAGCUACUGCCGCCUGGUCCAGGGCCCCCACCCUGAGGACUCAGCAUAUCAGCGGAAUGUGUGUGAAUCGGAUCUUGCUUCCCUGUCUCCCUGAACCUGCUCACUUGGCCGAUCUCAGCAGCUUUUGCAUCUUGAUUACUCCCAGGACCAGGCUGAGGUCUCUGCUGUCCCUACUGAGGGGCCUAGCACAGGGCUGCCGUGUACUGGGUGGGAGGUCAGCAUGGGAAGGAGGAUCUGGGGGUGGGGGGUGUAGGGGUGGGGCUGUGCUCUGGGGAGGUUGCAUGCCCCAGCUUUUCCAGGAAUGAGGGGAUGCAGAGAAAGGGAUGUGGGGAAAUCUGUGCCCGGUGGGCCUGGGCAGGGUCUGGGCCUCUAACUCCCCACCCGGAGCCCUGGGUGGGCUGGGCUAGGGACUUGGGCCAAGUGACAGGCAGGCCCCAGGCCACCGCUUAAGUGGAAUAUUAAAUUAUUUUUGCCAAGCAA